GUGCUACAGUCCAUAUAACAGGCAGCACUCAUCUUUUUCCUCCUCAUAGAUUUCUGUUAAGGGACUUGGGAUCUCAAAACUACAAUGCCCUUUUGAGUUCCUCCUGGUUUCUGAAGUUUACGUAAUACCCAUUUCGUAAAUCACCGUUAAAAGGAGAGCAGAAGGGCAACUCGAGAAGAAGAUGGGAGGAUAUGCGCUGGGUUCGGCGUUCGACUCGAAAUCGGGGCAGAUGAUAAUGGCGGCACUACUGUUGAUGGUGGGUUCUUUCUACUUGGGCACUCUGUUUGGGAACAAUGCUCCCAUUUACGUCUCUCAAGGAUCCUCCUCCUCCUCCUCCGCCUCCAAUUUCACUUCAUCGUCAUCCACUGGCUUAUCUACAUUUACAAACAAAGUUGCCCUUAGAUACCGCAGAAUUCCUCUUCUAAUCCCACAAAGUGGGAUUAAUGUGUGUCCUUUGCAGUUCAAUGAGUAUAUACCCUGUCAUGACAUCUCUUAUGUAAAUGAAUUGCGUCCAAGCUUGGAUCUUUCAAGAAGAGAAGAACUUGAGAGACAUUGCCCUCCACUUGAAAGGCGUUUGUUUUGUUUGGUGCCACCCCCAAAAGACUAUAAAAUUCCUAUAAGAUGGCCAACAAGCAGGGAUUAUGUUUGGCGGAGCAAUGUUAAUCAUACACAUCUUGCUGAAGUUAAAGGAGGACAAAAUUGGGUGCAUGAGAAAAAUGACCUUUGGUGGUUUCCAGGUGGCGGUACUCAUUUCAAGCAUGGAGCAGUUGAAUACAUUGAAAGGUUGGGCAAUAUGAUAACUGAUGAAACAGGUGACCUGCGUUCAGCAGGAGUUGUUCAAGUUCUGGAUGUCGGUUGUGGGGUUGCCAGCUUCUCAGCUUAUCUUCUCCCAUUAGAUAUACAAACAAUGUCUUUUGCUCCCAAAGAUGGUCAUGAGAAUCAGAUUCAGUUUGCUUUAGAGCGUGGAAUCGGUGCGAUGAUCUCUGCCUUGGCCACAAAACAGUUGCCAUAUCCCAGUAGUUCUUUUGAGAUGGUUCACUGUUCAAGAUGUCGCAUUGAUUGGCACGAGAAUGAUGGUAUUUUACUCAAAGAAGUGAAUCGCCUUCUGCGACCUAAUGGAUAUUUUGUCUAUUCAGCUCCACCUGCAUAUAGGAAGGAUAAAGAAUAUCCUAUGAUUUGGGAUAAGUUGGUAAAUCUGACUACAGCUAUGUGCUGGAAACUAAUUUCUCGAAAAGUUCAGACGGCAAUCUGGGUUAAAAAGGAUAAUCUUUCAUGCCUUCAACACAAUGCAGAUUUGAAGCUCAUUAAUAUUUGUGAUGGUAUAGAUGAGUCUAAUCCUUCAUGGAAGACUCCUCUAAUGAACUGCAUACAACUUAGAAGUGCAGCAACAGAUGCUCAAAGACUGCCUUCUAGGCAAGAACGACUGACAUUUUAUUCACAAAGUCUCAUUGGACUUGGUAUCAGUAAAGAGGGAUUUGAUUUAGACGCUAACUUUUGGCAAGAUCAGGUUCUCCAUUACUGGAAGCUCAUGAAUGUUAGUAAGACCAAAGUAAGGAAUGUGAUGGACAUGAAUGCUUUUGUUGGUGGGUUUGCUGUGGCUUUGAACAAAUUUCCAGUUUGGGUGAUGAAUAUAGUUCCUAUGAGCAUGCAAAAUACCUUGUCUGCUAUUUAUGAUAGAGGUCUAAUAGGCGCUUUUCAUGAUUGGUGUGAGCCAUUUUCAACCUAUCCACGCACAUAUGAUCUGUUGCAUGCCAACCAUCUCUUUUCCCACUACAAAACCAAUGGAGAAGGUUGCAAACUGGAGGAUAUCAUGCUCGAGAUGGACCGUGUCAUAAGACCCCAGGGAUUUAUUAUAAUUAGAGAUGAGGAUUCAAUUACAUUAAGAAUUCAAGAUUUAGCUCCAAAAUUCCUUUGGGAUGUUGAGUCACAUUUUCUGGAAAACAAGGAGAAGAAGGCCGAGACUGUACUAAUCUGUAGAAAGAAGUUCUGGGAAAUUCUCUAAGAUGUGACUUAUUUCAGCAUUCCACAAAUGCAGCUCUUCAAAUUUGAUCUAAAAAAAUGCAGCUCUUCAAACCUGCAGUUACAAUACAUUUGGCCACCGGUUUUCAGUCUAUGGUGUAAUGUCUUCAUUGUUUAGUUUUCUUCUCGUGAUUUGUAAAUGCUUUCCUCUCUAAUGCAAUGUUUAGAAUUUUGUCUUAAUUUUAUCCCAAGAGAGAAUCUUGUUAUGUAUUCUAGACUGCGAAGUAGAACCACUGAAUGGGAGUACAGUGCAGAUUUAAA